GCUCGGGCCGCCGCGCAUUGUGCAGCGGCUGGCCGGCGCGGCAGGCCCUGGACCCGUGUGGUUCCCGGGCAUGGUGAGCAAGGGGCUGCUGCGCCUGGUCUCUUCAGUCAACCGCAGGAGGAUGAAGCUGCUGCUGGGCAUCGCGCUGCUCGCCUACGCCGCCUCUGUUUGGGGCAACUUUGUUAACAUGAGCUUUCUGCUCAACAGGUCUAUCCAGGAAAAUGGUGAACUAAAGAUCGAAAGCAAGAUCGAAGAGAUUGUUGAACCAUUAAGAGAGAAAAUCAGAGAUUUGGAAAAAAGUUUCACCCAGAAAUACCCACCAGUAAAGUUUUUAUCAGAAAAGGACCGGAAAAGGAUUUUGAUCACUGGAGGUGCAGGCUUUGUGGGGUCCCAUCUGACUGACAAACUCAUGAUGGAUGGCCAUGAGGUGACCGUGGUGGACAACUUCUUCACAGGCAGGAAGAGAAAUGUGGAACACUGGAUUGGCCAUGAGAACUUCGAGCUUAUUAACCAUGACGUGGUGGAGCCCCUCUACAUUGAAGUUGACCAGAUUUACCAUCUGGCAUCUCCAGCCUCCCCCCCGAACUACAUGUACAACCCCAUCAAGACACUGAAGACUAAUACAAUUGGAACAUUAAACAUGUUGGGACUGGCAAAGCGCGUGGGUGCCCGUCUGCUCCUGGCCUCCACAUCCGAGGUAUAUGGAGAUCCUGAGGUCCACCCUCAAAGUGAGGACUACUGGGGCCACGUGAAUCCCAUAGGACCCCGGGCCUGCUACGACGAGGGCAAACGUGUCGCAGAGACCAUGUGCUAUGCCUACAUGAAGCAGGAAGGUGUUGAAGUACGGGUGGCAAGGAUCUUCAACACCUUUGGGCCACGAAUGCACAUGAAUGACGGACGGGUGGUCAGCAACUUCAUCCUGCAAGCACUACAGGGGGAGCCGCUCACGGUAUAUGGAUCCGGAUCUCAGACAAGGGCGUUCCAGUAUGUCAGUGACCUGGUGAAUGGCCUGGUCGCACUCAUGAACAGCAAUGUCAGCAGCCCCGUGAACUUGGGGAACCCAGAAGAACAUACCAUCCUGGAAUUUGCUCAGUUAAUUAAAAACCUUGUUGGUAGUGGAAGUGAAAUUCAGUUUCUCUCUGAAGCCCAGGAUGACCCUCAGAAAAGAAAACCAGACAUCAAAAAAGCAAAGCUGAUGCUGGGCUGGGAGCCUGUGGUCCCAUUGGAGGAAGGGUUGAAUAAAGCCAUCCACUACUUCCGGAAGGAACUAGAGUACCAGGCCAAUAACCAGUACAUCCCCAAACCUAAGCCCGCCAGAGUGAAGAAGGGCCGGACGCGCCACAACUGAGUUAGCCUUAGGACAUGAGACUCCAUUUUACACUUAAUGAGAUGAACUUUUAUGGGAUUUUUUUUAAAAGACUUAAACAGGUGUCAUGAAGAACAAACUGGAAUUUCAUUCUGAAGCUUGCUUUAAAGACAUGGAUGUGCCUGAAAGCUCCCUCGAAACCUGCAGACUUUGCCUUGCACUUUUUAAAUUUGUCUUUUUAUGUACAACAGCCUAGCUGCAUCUCUGCUAUUUUCGGGUUUUUUAUCUUGCUGUCAGAGUGUAUGCUGUAACUGUCGCUGACAGUUUUAGUUACUGGUUUCUUUGUGAAGCUGAAAAGAAACAUUAAAUGGGGCGGAAAACGCCAAUUUUAUUUAUAAACGUGGGUACUUAUAAACGAGAUGUUACACUAUGCAUAAAGAAUUCAAAUCCUAGCACUAUUGUCAGGUGGGCGGUGCACCAGCGUUUAUUUGGGGACAAAUGAAAACUGUUGGAAAGUUGUUUCCUUUUUAAUUUAGACAUUUCUGAAGGUCUGGUUUUUAGUUUCAGACUUGACUUUGAAACAUCUCUGUUGGUUCUUGAUCAAGGAUAUUUGAAAUCACUACUGUGUUGUGCUGCAUAUUGGGGUGGGGGUGGGGGAACAAUGUUAAGGUAUUCUUGGUUAACCAUGGUUGAAUAUGCUAUUUUAAUAAAAUAUUGAAACUCACUGGUCACCGACUUUGAGCUACAAAGGUUGGCUUUCUGCUUUGCAUCAGAUGUUGGAGAUCUUAGAUGAGAAAAUUCUAAGACCAUCCGGUUUACACCAGACUUAACUUCAUGUGUGGCUGUUGGAAUCAUAUGUGUGCUACUUGGGUUGAAUCUGUGCAUAUACUACACACUGCACAUGCCUUUUUCCAAAAUGCUUAAGAAUUGUUUCAAAUCUCAGAAUUCACUGUGGUUAUCGUGGGAACAUUUUCAUAGAGUAUGAUUUAGUAUGAGCAUCCUAAAUCCCAAACCUGGAUUGUUCUGACACUGCAGUCUGAGUGCCCUUUCAGCACUGGGAAUCAGGAGCGCUCAGGCUCUGUUAACUAUGGUGAGGUUCUCGGGACUCAGCCUGCACUAGGAUAGGUUUUGUGUCCUAUGCCAGCACAAACCAGGUGAAACAAAACCUUUCAUUCUGGGGUAGAAUUCAAGCAAGAUUUGAUGAGUGAAAUGAAAACUUCAGGAGUUAUCGUUUUCAUUAAGAACUCCGUCAAUGUUUGUGCUAGGAUUAAUUUUUGCCCUUUAAAGUAAAUGGAAGAACAACCCAAUGCACAAAAGCAGCCUAUCUGUCUCCAGGCAGAUUGGCCCUGUAGGGUAGCAGCAGAGACCCGCACAGAUGCCCAAGACGUAAAGGUGGGGACCAGGUGGUUUAAGUAUCUGCAAACAGGAACACCUGGUAUCUCAGCUUCGUCUGUCCUUCAAAACCAUGUUGGGACUUUUUUAAAAAUAGGAUAUGUUUUUGUUGUUGUUUUUUAAUAAAAGGCCCUGGAAUGCAGCCAAAGAUGCUGUGACUUUAUCAUGCUAAAUUUACCAGAAGAUUCUGGAACUGGGCUUAAGAGUAAACAUAGUAUAAGAAAGAAGAAUCAAGAAUAACCACACACACACACACACACACACACACACACACACACACACACACACACGCUUGCGCGCGCGCGCUCGCGCACACACAGUUACUCGGUCACUGACCACACCCCCAACCUCCUCUGUUUAGUUCCUGUUAUUUUGGACUGAACUAAGUGAUGCAUCAUUUACAGAGGUGGGAAUGAGCAAGUGGAAGCUUGCUUGGAAAUUCGUAAUGGUGCAUUUGGACCAAUGACAAAUGUAGACAGAAAUAGCUCAGAGCUUCAUGUUGUUAAGCUAGCCAGUAUAAUCUAGGAGCAUACAGGACCCCGAAUUCUCUUAGCUUACUACUCACUAGUAUCUGAAAUUCUUUCAUAAUCCAGGACCCUGAAUUCUCUUAGCUUAUUGUUCACUAAUGUCUGAAAUUCUUUAGUAAGACUCACCCUUCUGAUAGCCAUAAAAUAUUUUCCAAGUAGUAGAAGAGAAACAGAGAUGUGUAUAAUUUCCUCUAAGAAAGGGGAUAAAGGAAAACAUGAGCUUUGAAUUAAACAUGAUAGUAUCUUGGGCAGAGAGGGAAAUGAGUUGAGGGAUAUACAGGUGAUUGCUGUGGUCCAAGUUCAGCCCAUCUGGAUCUGUAGAUACCUACUCUCCAGUGCAGUACUGUUAAGAGAUGAGGUGUCUGUAGAGUGAUGAGGUCAGAAAGAACUUUUCCUAUAGGAUUGUCAGUGGCUCUUGCUUCCUUUCUACUGUUACUCUGAGAAGGCACCAUCUAUGAACUAGAAAGUAGCCCUUGCCAGACACCAAAAUUGGUCAGCACCUUGAUCUUGGACUUUGAAGCCCUCGGAUCUAUGAGCAAUGAUUUCUUACUGUUUAUUAACUACUGGAUUUAUAGCAUUUUGUCAGAGCAGCAUGAACCUGCAUUUUGGAAGCAGUCCCCUGUUGGGGUAUCACUGUGGCUUAUCCGAUGGAGAGUGCUACAGUUCUUGCUUAUACGUUGGAGAGUGCUACAGUUCUCGGUUAACUUAGUGACAGACAUGUGGGCUUGAACAAGGUACAGUCAUAGUCUGAGUGAACUGGAUUGCAGCUGUGGAAUUGAAUACUGAGCCCACCCCACCAGCUGGGUGGAACUUCAUGGCAUUGUCGUUGAUUAUGACCCUGGUCCCAGAUGGUGGACCGCAGUCGUGUGACCUUGACAGAAGCUGGAGUGAGUGGAGUAUAAACUCCUGUAAUUGCUGUCAGUUUUAUCUAGUAAAAUUGUGGGGGAUUUGGAGGUUCUUCUGAAACAAAACUUGAGUUAAAUUUUCCAUGUGUCUAUCAAAAUCAUUUGUUUAGUUGACCUACCCUCUCUUGGUGGUUAAUUGGUACCUUUGAUGGGGAGUUAGAGAAUUCUGUCUUUCUGAGAAUCUGAUACCACAGUAUCCGGAGGCAGUGAAGCUUUCUGUUCUUAUCACCAAGGUUAGCCCACACAUUUUCUUGGUUGUGUCCUUGUUUGCAUUUUCAUCUACAGCUGUGUUGCAAGAAGGAAAAUACAGAUUUUUAUCAGGAAACUUGGGCUGUGGUAUGGGUGGGGUUGGGAUGUAGCUCAGUGGUUCCCAUGUGAUAAAGUUUAGCUCCCUUUCAUGAGAUACUGAGAGUGGGAAAUCAAGCCUAAGAAGAUGGUGCUCCAAGGUGGUGUCUGUCAUCCAAGGUUCAUUAGGAUUAGGUCAGUCAUCAGAAAACAGCCCCGUACCUAAGAGGAGACAGAAGAUGCCUAUGGUCCUGUCUCUAUUUGAAGCCAUGAACUAUUACAUUGAGAAGCUGUCACCACAUAUGACUACUGGAUUGAGGUCCAAAUAAACCUCUUUUCUCUAAAAGGUACCCAAGUCUGUAGUAUUUUAACAGCAUAAAACACCAAUAAAAAAAAUUUAUACCUGCUUCAGUUGUUUUGGUAUAGUAAAAAUGCUUACAAACCAGUCUUUUUAAAAGUCUUGCUGGAUUCUGCAUUGUUUGAUUUAUGUUCAUUUGUUAGUUAAGUUAAUGUGACAUAUUAAAGACCCAAGAUGAAAAUUCAAAUACCUGACCCUACGCCAUUUAAAAUGUUUAAAAUGUAAGUCAGAAACAUUUCUAAGAGAUCAACUUAGAUACACUCUUCAUAUACUUACUUCCAACUAAGCACAGUAAAACAUGUUGGACAUUGAAUAUAAAACAUGCAUCAGACUGAAUGUGAGUAGAAACGGUAGCCUUCCCAGGGACCUAGUACGAGUGUUAGGGGCUGUAUUGCAUUGUCCCAAAUUCAUGUUGUGAUUUAGACUUUCCCUUCUAUUCCAGGACCUCAGAAUUCAGAAAUAUGUUCUAGAAAGUUGGUGAAGUUAUGAUGAGGUCCUCGGAAACUAAAAGUGUGAGGUGCCAGAGACUAUUAUCAUUUAAUACAGCAGAUGGCAAUUAAUAUUCAUAUGUCAGCCCACCAGAAGUUCAACUCUCUGAUGGGAUUAUCUCAUUCAAGGUAUAUGAUAAUAUAGACUCUAGAAUGUCUUUUGCUUAUGCUGUACCUUCAUAUUUUUGCUGCUACAUUGUUUCUCUGGUAUCUGGUAUGAUGUAUUUAUAUGUGGGGAGUUCCCCACUACAUGUAUCCUAGUGUGUUUAUCUCGUGGUUACAUCCCGAUCUACUGGGAAAAUAAUCUGCGGGUUAUCAAGAAGGUGACUUAAGCUGUAUUUUCUAAUUGAUACUAAUAAUAUUAGCUUAUACAGAGUUUUGAUGAAUAAAUAUGAAUAUAAAGAAAUUCUACCCAAGUCAGGGGCCGAGUUCCCAGUAAGAGCUAUGUCUUGGGUUAUAGUUUAGCCUGACAUUAAGAAAACAGCUGUAUGUCCCCGGCUGCCAAGAUAGCUGAUUUAAAACCUCAAAGUAGCUUUAGAUUAGACCAGGUGCCUUGCUAGUGGGUUUUAAGAUAAACUAUUCCCAGAAAAAUACAAUCUUAUUUAUAAGGACAUAUAGCCAGCUGUCUGGUUUAUUGAGCCAAGGUAAGAUGUCCGAGGCAAAUUGCAAUGCCAGUCUCUCUCCUAGGUCUAACUGGUAACUUAGGACAAUGAUUAACUAUCUGCACAAAUUCCUAACCUCAGUUUUAUGGCUUUUCAGAUGCAACACGAGGAAAGAUUCUCUAACUGGUCAGGGCUACAAAAAAUAAACUACCUUCAUGGCCCUGUGAAAGAGUUACAUGUUUCCCUUUUUAUGGUCAAGGGUUACAUGCAGAACAGAAAAAUUUAUUCUAAAAUUUAAGAUACUUGUGCCCCGCCCUUUGCCCUACAAUUCAUGUUUGGGGGAGGGGGGUGUGACUAACCUCACUAUUCAUUCCUGCACUCUCCUUGAUAAAGCAUUUCUCUCCCCAAUAUUUCUACAAUUGUUAAUCACAAAAUGUUAGUUUAAAAUGUUUAGAGGAUAUAACACACAAUUUCCUUAUUUUUCUUAGAUUCUUUAGUAGUUUUUUUAACUCCUUUAAAAUCAUUUCUUUACAGCUGCAAGUUAUAACCCACCAGUUGGGGAGUUGACUGAUAGAAAGUACUCUUUCCUUGCUCUGUAACAAGUCAUCUAAAUCUAUUGCAUGAGAGCUGUGGAGAGGACUCUGUUCCUUAUCAUUUACUUAGAAAUGAAAUGUGACCUUCAAAUGUAAUACUUGAAAGAUUUUGUUGGUAUUUAAGCUGAGAAGAACAAAGAAUUUGAGAAUUCAACAUGAGCGAAUAAAGAGAAAAAAACAUCA